UUUAUCUUAUUCUUUUCUUACUCCAUUAUUAUCACCCAGUGAUCCGUGCUGGAACCAAAGCUGCAGAGGGUGUGUCUGAGGCAGACAUGAUCAAGAGAACCAGAUUUGAAGAAGUAAAGAAGGCAAAGCUUCGGGACAUCAAAGUUUUUGUGUCGAAGACUCGUCUCUGUGUUCAUAAUCUGCCCAAGUCAGUGGAUAAUAAAAAACUCAAAGCACUUUGCCUUCAAGCAGUAAAAGGAAGUCAGAGAGUCCGCAUCACAGAGUGUAGGGUCAUGUAUGACAAGAAGCCAGAGAGGGGUCAGGUGAUGGGACAAUCACUUGGUUAUGGCUUUGUCCAGUUCCAGGACCACGAACAUGCUCUCAGUACGCUUCGUUACCUCAACAACAACCCCGACAUCUUUGGCUCACACAAGAGACCUAUUGUCGAGUUCUCCCUGGAGGAUUCAAGGAAACUCAAAAUAAAAGAAAUCCGACAACAAAAAAACAAGGAGUUUUUCAGAAAACAGCCUUUAAAAGGUGGAGUGAAACCUCAUUCCCAAAAAACACAGUCUUCAUCAGAGCUGACAGGAGAGCGAGCUCCUCAUCAAAACCAGAGACAAAACAGACACGUCGGCUUCCAGACCAACCCUGAGGUGGAGCAUGUAGAUUUGGGAGACGGAAAGAAACGGAAGAAGGUUCUACCUUUCGCCUCACACCGAGGACCUAAAAUCAGGUAAAGUUAUUAUUCAUUUUUACUAGU